CCGGGGCUCGGGGCUGGGGGUUUGCUCAACAGAGGACAGAGUCCACGACCGUGGACGGAAGGGAUCUGGGGGCCUUGAGAGGAUGCUCAGAAAGGGUUGAGGGGAACGGACACGGUUUCUGCUGGGGUGCUGAAGGAGGCUCCCCGCUCGGGACGCAAGGCACUGAGAGGGUUCCCCGGAAUGGAUGUGGGGGAUGUGGGACACUGGGAGCGGACCGAGGGCCGAUGAGGGUUAAACUCUAAAUUAGGAUCGGCGGAAAUCGGGGGCUCGGAGGGCGAUUCUCGCUCCGACUGGGGGAAUGGAGGGUUCCUCACCAGCUGGAACGUGAGGGGACCGGGGGGGGUCUAUCUCCCUCCCGACCCGGGGAGAUUAGGGAUCUCUUAGAUUCUGGAUAGCGGGGACCUAGGAGGGAGGACUGGGGGGUCCCCGAUCCGGAACCGAGCUACCUUGAAGGCACCGGGAAGCGCUUCAUUCCGGGAGGGCUUUCCCGCGGCCCGGCCCCCGUGCCGCGGUGGGUGGGGGACGCGGCCGCGCCCAGGUCCCGGCCCGCCUCGGGAUUCGGGGUCUCUCUCGCCCUCGGGGACCCGGGAGCCCGGCGGGAGCGGGGUCCGGGCGCCGCCGCCUCCGCGGGCGCCCGGGCGGGCGGGCGAGCGCGGGGCUUUAUGCUCGCAGGGCGGCGGGGGGAGGAGCCGGCAGGUCGGCCCCCGGCGGGCCCUCCCCUCGGCCGUCCCCGCCCGCCCGCCCGAGCGGGGUCGGGGGAGGGGGCAGCAUGGCCUGUCCGUCCGGCCCCCUUCGCCGCGCUCCUCAUCUGCCCCGCGCCGAGCGCUGCCGCCGCCGCCGCCGCCGCUCCGCUGCCCGCGCCGCCCGCGGCUCCCGAUGGAGACUGACGCGCCCCAGCCCGGCCUCGCCUCCCCGGACUCGCCGCACGACCCCUGCAAGAUGUUCAUCGGGGGACUCAGUUGGCAGACUACGCAGGAAGGGCUGCGCGAAUACUUCGGCCAGUUCGGGGAGGUGAAGGAGUGUCUGGUGAUGCGGGACCCCCUGACCAAGAGAUCCAGGGGUUUCGGCUUCGUCACUUUCAUGGACCAGGCGGGGGUGGAUAAAGUACUGGCUCAGUCGCGGCACGAGCUCGACUCCAAAACAAUUGAUCCCAAGGUGGCCUUUCCUCGGCGAGCACAGCCUAAGAUGGUGACUCGAACGAAGAAGAUCUUUGUUGGGGGGCUGUCAGUAAAUACCACAGUGGAGGACGUGAAGCAGUAUUUUGAGCAGUUCGGGAAGGUGGACGAUGCCAUGCUGAUGUUUGACAAAACCACCAACCGGCACCGAGGGUUCGGCUUUGUCACAUUUGAGAGCGAGGACAUCGUGGAGAAAGUAUGUGAAAUCCACUUCCACGAAAUCAACAACAAAAUGGUGGAAUGUAAGAAAGCUCAGCCAAAAGAGGUGAUGUCACCGACAGGCUCGGCCCGGGGGAGGUCUCGAGUCAUGCCUUACGGAAUGGACGCCUUCAUGCUGGGCAUUGGCAUGCUGGGUUACCCUGGUUUCCAAGCCACGACCUAUGCCAGCCGGAGUUAUACAGGCCUCGCCCCUGGCUACACCUACCAGUUCCCUGAAUUCCGUGUAGAGCGGACCCCUCUCCCGAGCGCCCCAGUCCUCCCCGAGCUUACAGCCAUUCCUCUCACCGCUUACGGACCCAUGGCUGCGGCGGCGGCGGCAGCAGCUGUGGUUCGAGGGACAGGCUCUCACCCCUGGACGAUGGCUCCCCCUCCAGGUUCGACUCCCAGCCGCACAGGGGGCUUCCUGGGGACCACCAGCCCUGGCCCCAUGGCCGAGCUCUAUGGGGCAGCCAACCAGGACUCGGCGGUCAGCAGUUACAUCAGCGCUGCCAGCCCCGCCCCCAGCACUGGCUUCGGCCACAGUCUUGGGGGCCCCUUGAUUGCCACAGCUUUCACCAAUGGGUACCACUGAAGCAGGAGACAGGUGGCAGGAGGUUUGUGAAUGUGAAGCCCCAGGCCGCAGGGGGCAAGGGGCCAGGUGCCCCCCCACCAGCCGAGAACAAAUGUCUACGUGGGUGUGGGCCCCUGGCCAGCUCCCCCCAGCCCGGGAGAGGAGGACAGGGCUGCGUAGGCCAGGCCGAGCCCCUGGAGCCAUCCCGUCCUGUAUCAUAUGUAAAUACGGUGAGGGGACGCGCCCACCCCUCUCUAAGACCCCUUGGGGGUGAGGGCGUUGCCUCGCCCCACCCGGCAGAGGUCUCCCCCACUGCCCUUGUUUCUGUACCUUCCUCAGACACCAUUACUGUAAGCUCGCAGGCCUCCGCUGUGGCCGAGGCAGGCCCGCUCUCUCAGGCCCUAGGGGUCAAGGCCUUGGGCCCGCUCACCCCGAAAACCCAGUGUGGGGGCGAGGGACGAGAAGGGCUCUCCCAGAGCCACUGCUGGAAAGGAAUUAACUCUCCAAGGUCUCCCCCUGCCCCCUGCCUCGUCAGGCCUUCAUGGUUUCUGCCCUGAGUCCCCCAUGCGUGGGCACCGGGGGGGGGGGGGGGGGGGAGGCACUUUGGGAAGGGGCGGACCCCAGGGGAAAGCAAAGGGCUUCUCAGGGAACCCCCACAUUCUCUCACUGAAGUUCCCCACCAGGACGGUCCCGUGGCCAGAGCCCCUUGGCAGUCCCAAGCCCCCGAGCCCCCUUCAAAGGAAAAAGAGGCUCAGGUCGUGAUUCUUCGUGCACAGCGAGCGACCAGGCUGGUGUGGCAGGGCUGAGGCCCAGCACCCCUCACCCCCUCCACCGCCGUCCCCCCUCUCUGUGUCCCUCUCCCCCAGGUCUGAGGCUGGGGACCUAAGCUCCCUUCCCCCUCAUAGUCCCCACCCCUGAAAGACCCCUUUGGAGAGUUCAUUGUCUGCGCGAGGUGCUUAACCUGUUAGCCCUGAGAACACAAAGCAAUAAUCUUUGUUACUGAGAUGCGCGGCUGUUCGUGGUUUUUGUUUUUUUGGGUUUUUUUGUUUUUAAAUGUUUCCUAAUAAAAGAGAAGCUGCAUUUUAUUGGUUUUUAUUUUUAAUUUUCUACACGGUGGAGCUGAGUCGUGCGAGACUUAGCUUCCCUCUCCUCCCCUUCCUGUGAUCCCCCCACCCCCCACCCCGCUGGGCCCACCCCUGGUCUUAGGGCCCUGGAAUUCUGUUUUCUGAUUUGUUUGGGAAAUUUUUUAAAAAGAUGUUACACGGUGUUUUGAAGCCAGCAAGUUACCACCCUCCGGUGUCUCUUCUCUCCACAUCUGUAACUUCUU